GUCUCAGUCUACCGUCCGCCGCGGCGGGCACCUCAUCAUCCACGGCGUCCCAGGACAAAGCCUACGAGCGGCUCUCCCUCGAGCACCAGCACCUGCUUUGGCUCUUGGAGCGCGCGGCUGUGGGAAGCGCUAGCUCGCUAGCAGCUCCGCCCAACAUGACAGAGUCAGGCGCUGCUGCCUUCCUUCGAAGGCUUGGGGAUCUGGCAAUGGCUGAGCGUUCUAGCCUACCUUCCGCUGCGGCGCCCCCGGCGCCUGCGAAGCGUAGCUCCAUCUCUAAGGAUCAGCCACCCACGACCCCGGAAAAACGCCACAGCAUCCUGGACGACCUCAGCGAUUUGGGCAACCCCAGCGAGGCUGGCGAUGUGGCCUCAGAUGCGGGCGUAGAGGAUGGCAAUGAAGCCGCCAGUUGA